AUGUCUCGGAGACAGCAACGUCACGCAAAGGCUGAGGUGGAUCAGAAAAUAGCGUUGGAGGGCUCUGUGGAGGAGGAUUGCGGAGACGGUGAUAGGCUAGUCAAGGCGAACCAUGCGCUUCCGUCCGCAAAACCGCCUGUGCCCCGCCACAAGUUGAAGCCCAUUCCCGACCCACCCCUUCAGCCCAACAUCCCACAACAUCCACCCCCCGAAAUCCACGCAGUCGCAGUGUCGAUACCGCCGCUCAGGACCCAGCAUUCACGCAAAGCUGCAGUCACCGUGCUGUGA